AUGCAAGCGGUAUGGCAGCGCGAGGCGCGAGGUCAUUGCGCGGUUGAUCCUAAGCUGUCGGCGGCGAACAUCCCGCAAGCGACGCUCGACUUCGCGCAUCGGAUAUUCGAUGCUGCACGGGACAACAACGCUGAGCUGCUGCUGCAGGCUGUCGAUGCUGGCCUGCCUCCGAAUCUCACCAACGACAAGGGGAACACGCUGCUCAUGCUAGCGGCGUACAACGGGCACGCAGAGCUUGUCAAAGAGCUGCUGGCGAGGGGCGCGGACCCGGAUCGCACAAACGAUCAGGGGCAAUCGCCGCUCGCCGGCGCCGUGUUCAAAGGCCACGACGACGUCGUGCGCGUACUGGUGGAAGGCGGGGCCAAUCCGCGCCUCGGGACCCCGACCGCUAUACAGACAGCGCGGCUGUUCAGGAAGGAGGAGCUGCUCAAGGUGAUGGGGGUGACCGAGGACGAUCUGAAGGAGCCGGUGCCAUCGAUCCCGGGGCCGCCGCACUAG